UCCGGAUCCGGAUGAAGGGGUUGCCCUGCCCGUGCCCCGCCCUGCCCCACUUCUGGCAGCUGGGGUCUUGCUACAUGGCCGAGGGCUCCGGGCCUCCGGCCCCCCGGAAAGGGCCCCUGCUUAACAUCCAGCUCCUGCGAGCCCAGUAUGAAGGCCUGAGACGGAAGCAGAGGGCCCAGGCCCACGUUGUGGUGCUCCCGAAAGGAGGGAACCUGCCCGCCCCAGCCGAGUCCAUGGUCAGUGCUGUUUGGAUUAACAAGGAGAGAAGGCAUUCCCUGACCGCGGAAGAGGCGGCUCCUGAGGCAGAGGAGACGCUGGAGGAGGAUGGCAAGGGCUGUCUCCAGACCCCCGAGUCUCCGUGGCACACACACCUAGAGAUGCACCGCCUGGUCCAAACCUUCCGCCAGGGAACCAGUCUCCACGUAAAACACAAGGACAAGUUCACGGGGCCUGAGCAAAGGCUUCCAGGCUUGUUUGAAGACACUCAGAUGACUCAGCAAGAAACCACCAUCCCAGAAACAGCCCAGCCUGAGUGCCAAGCGGACAAGUCACAGACAAAGACAGUGGGAUCUGGCUUCCACAUGGGCACUCAGGGCCCUCCUGCCAUAAAGAGGCCACACCGGGCUGGAAAACCAGCUCACUAUCCAUUUCCCCAGAGGAAAACUCCCAGGAUCUCCCAGGCCGCCCGGAACCUGGGCUUGUAUGGUCCAGCCUGAAGCUCUCUACUCAGAGGCCUCAACUUUGAGGCCACGUAUGGC